CGGAAAUCAUAACGGAGCGCACACGCGAAUGAGCUACCCACGUAAAGAAUACCCCAUAAACUGCCAGUACUUAAAAUAAACUUAUGAUCAAAGUAGUUCGAUGAGUGAAAUAGUUUCUACACAGAAAUAAUAGCCCGUGAUUGUCCGUUUUCACAUUCAGAUGACUAUGGCAUGUCCAGACGAGGAGUUCGAGUUGAACAUGAAGCCUUCAAAGCGCCUUCGUAGCGUACAAACUGGGGCAGAAACAGAACCUAACGCACAUGAGAGCCAGAGUAAAAUUGACGUGGUAGAGUGUCAUCAUGCCCGUGUACAACGCCUCCUGUUGGCUAGAUGAGUGUCUGCAAUCAAUAUUGGACCAAGACUUCACUGGGAUUAUGGAACUAUCCAUGUUUGAUGAUGCCAGUACUGAUGACUCCAGAAACGUGAUGGAGGCUUGGAGAGGGAAAUUAGAAGCAAGGGGCAUCUCAGUGGUAAUUAGUGGCCAUAACUCCGACCAACCAAAAGGAGUGGGAUAUGCAAAAAAUAAGGCAGUAGCGCAGAGUUGUGGAAAAUACUUGUGCUUUCAGGAUGCGGAUGACAUCAUGUUGCCCCAAAGAGUUCGGUUGCAGUUUGAGACAUCUGUCCUCCACUCAAGCUCCUUGAUAGGCUGCAGAGUUCGCCGGCUUCCAGAGAGCUCCACGGAACGCUACACGCGCUGGAUCAACACAAUCACUCAAGAUCAACUCCUCACACAAGUAUACACAUCACAUGGACCAACAGUCAUCAUGCCGACUUGGUUCUGCUCGAGGGACUGGUUCUCAACUGUUGGAUGGUUCAGCGAGGAGGGCAAAGGAGUCCCAGAGGACUUGAUCUUCUUUUACCAGAGUCUUCGGGAAGGAGGACUGGUGACCCGAAUUGACCAGUGCCUUGUGGUGUACCGUUACCACGAGAAGGCCACAACACACUCCGUGAAAGAGGAAACCAUUUGGAACCUGCGAGUUGGAUUCCUUCAGGAGAGAGUCAUUAGCCAAUGGGAGAGCUUCACCGUAUGGAAUGCCGGGAAACAGGGCCGAAAGCUUUAUCGUUGCCUUAACGACACUAAUCGGAAGAAAGUCAAAGCUUUCUGCGAUGUGGACCACAACAAGAUUAAUAAAGGUUUUUACACCUAUGAGGACUCCAAGGAGCGGCCAAAGCCAAGAAUUCCCAUCCUGCACUACAAAGAUGCGUCGCCCCCGUUUAUCAUCUGUGUCAAACUGGACAUGACAGGUGGCGUUCUAGAAGAAAACCUCAACUCGUUGCAGUUGAAAGAAGGAAUAGACUUCUUCCAUUUCAACUGACUGCUUAAGAGAAUCUUGGGUCUAGCUGUUAUGGGGCAAGUUGGGGGAGUCUUUCCAUUUUUGGAGGUAUCAGGAGGAAUUAGGGCCAUAUCGCACGGCUAAUUAAAUUCUUUCUGUCAAGCUAGGAAAUGAUUGGCUUAUGAUAGCACUGUGAGCAUACUGGAAACAUCAGUGCAAGAUUAUGACAAGGUUGAAGAAGCAAUAUGUUAAGCAUUGAUGUGGUUUAUGUCAAUAAUGACAUCUUUCUGGACUGUCAGUUUCCUGCAAACUUGCAAUGAGGAGACCAGUUUGGUGCUAAUGUGGAUGCAAAUUGAUUAACUUUUGGACAGAAGCAUCCCCGCUUUUGGCAAUGUCUGCAUUUAACUACUCUCACCUGCUUCCUGACUUGCUGCACAUUUCAUACGCAUACGUAAUGUAUUUUGUAUCCAUAGUGAUGUUCCUAAUGGCAAGAAGAUAGAAACAGCUCAUCAAUUGGGACCUUCCAAAGCUAUUCCUUCAUUUUUAGCUUAUUGGAGUAGACACAUUUUCUUAAAAGAUGACUCGAUGAUUACAGCUGCAAGUUGUUAGUAUCAAAGGUGUGACCUUUACACUUGAACUUUUUAAUGUUAAAAGAUGUGAGGGAGUGCGUGAAGCAUCAGAGCACUGAACUCAACAAUGGGUGUGGCCUCCCUGUCUGAUGUAACCACAUGGACACAUCUGCUACAAACAUGGACACAGCCUGUGCUUGUUUGGCAUUCUCCAAGACUCCUAUGAAACAAUAUUCUCUCCAAGAGAGCACAGCUCUGAUACGUAAACCCUCCAAAUGGUUUAUUCUACCUCACGGAGCGUGAACCUUUUCUGCCUGGAGCCAAACAACCCUUUAACCACAUAUUUCCUUCAGUGUUCCUGCCUUUCUGUAAAUCUGCACUCUGCAGCUUGGAAGGAGGCAGCAGGGGCACACUGCAGCAUUGUUUUCAAUGAAUAGGCACGACUGUUUGGGCCUGAUAGUGCUAUUAGUUGUUUUUUUUUUUUUCUAAGAUAGUCACGUUUGCCAAGCACUCGUGGCAAUAGAGCAUUUACAGUGAGGUAAAUAAAACAAAAUGUGAUUGUGGCUCAGAGUUUGCCACUGCAAAGCAAACCCAAGGGAGGUAACUGAGAAUUUGGUGAUGUUCAGACAGUUAUUUGACUGUAAUGGACUUUCAUCCAAGUAUUAAAAAAAAAUAGUUAUAACUACAAUGUGUCACUUUGUCCAAAUACAUUUGAGGCCAUGAGAAUGGGGUAUAAAAUGGCUGCAAUUCCUAAAUGGCAAAUGUUUGUGAAACUUCUGAAAUUAAAGCACAUCUUUAUUUUUUAUUUGCAACCUCAUUGUGUUGGCAAAUUCAUCAAAAUUGUCCAACAACAACCUCUGGACCUAAUAUUGUGUAUUUUAUUGUGUUUUCUCCACAUGGUUGUAUCAUCAUGCUUCUGCAAUUAAAGAUGAUCAUCACCAUUGUC